UCUCCUCGUGACCGGGCCGGGGGUCUGGCCUCCCAGGCUCCCGUGCAGGGCUUCCCGUGGAGGACACUGGCAUGUCCCCGCGCCGCCGGCUGGCAACACUCACCUGCAGCGGCUGAGAUCCCGAGAUGUUCCGAGGGCGUUUUGUCUCACACACUCACACAGCCUGCGUCCCAGCCAACCUCUGUGCCCGCCCGAGAAGAGGCCAGCAUGCCCAAGAUAGCUCUGAAUGGUGUGACAGUGGAUUUCCCUUUCCAGCCAUACCCAUGCCAGGAGGAGUACAUGAGCAAGGUCCUGGAGUGUCUGCAGAAGAAAGUAAACGGCCUCCUGGAGAGCCCCACUGGCACGGGAAAGACCUUGUGCCUCCUCUGCACCACGCUGGCCUGGCGGGAGCACCUCCGCGACACCAUCUCUGCCCGCAAGAUUGCCGAGAGGGCCCAAGGGGAGCUUUUCCCCGAUCGCACCUUGUCAUCCUGGGGACUUGCCGCUUCAGAUGGAGACACCACCGCUUGCUACAUGGACAUCCCGAAGAUCAUUUAUGCCUCCAGGACCCACUCACAGCUCACUCAGGUCAUCAGCGAGCUUCGGAACACCUCCUAUCGGCCUAGGGUAUGUGUGCUGGGCUCCCGGGAACAGCUGUGUAUUCACCCCGAGGUGAAGAAGCAGGAGAGUAACCACAUGCAGAUUCAUUUGUGCCGAAAGAAGGUAGCAAGUCGUUCCUGUCGUUUCUACAACAAUGUAGAAGAGAAGAGCCUGCAGCAGGAGCUGGCUACCCCGAUCCUGGACAUCGAGGACCUGGUCAGAAGUGGGAAUAAGCACGGACUAUGCCCCUACUACCUUUCUCGGAACCUGAAGCAGCAGGCUGACAUCAUCUUCAUGCCUUACAACUACUUGUUGGACGCCAAGAGUCGCCGGGCACACGGCAUUGACCUGAAGGGGACAGUUGUGAUUUUCGACGAAGCUCACAACGUGGAGAAGAUGUGCGAGGAGACGGCGUCCUUUGACCUGACUCCGCAUGACUUGGCUUCUGGACUGGAUGUCAUAGACCAGGUUCUGGAGGAGCAGACCAAGGCAGCACAGCAGGACGGGCUCCACGUGGAGUUCAGUGCAGACUCUGCCAACUCAG